ACACAGUCAAAUAAGUGAAAACAGUUAGACGUUAGCGUCUUCGUAAACCAAAUGCUAAUGAACACUUUUGGGCCUCAAUUUAGUGCUCCCGAGUGGGGCGCAUAUUUAAAAAUUUACAAAAUAAUCAAGGGAUCGAAUAAAUGACCUCGGGUACGAAAAUGGCGUGGAUUCAUUUUUUCAAGAUUUUUUGGAUGUUGAAUCUCUUUAUUAUUUUAAGAAAUGCCGAAGCCGGUAAUUAUUCAAAUAUUGACUUGCCGGAGAGUCAUCUGAAGUACUAUUUUAAUUCGUUUCCUGCGCUGGCCGACGAAUGCCGGAAGGAUUCAGAAUGUCCAUAUAAAGAUUAUUUAGACAAAAAAGCGUGUUGGGGAUAUGAACUAGGAUGUACACUAGAAAAUGCAUUUUCUUCUCCUCGCUGUCCUGGAGACCAUAAAGGCUGGGUCGCUACUAAAAAAGCUCAGUUGGACACAUUUUAUACACAAGGUGAUUUUGGAUACAUAAGAGAUCAGCGAAAAGAAAUGAUGGUAUUAUGCGAGCCGCUAUUCAUAGAUGACUCAUCGUUAGAAUGUUCUGAGCACAUGAGAUUUUGUCGCGGACGAAAUAUAUUGCUUAAUUUUACUGAUCUUGUUAAUAGAAAAGAGCCGAUAAGGUAUAAAAUGGACGUCUUGAAAGAGGGACAGGUUGGAGGUUAUUGCACGUUACAUGAACAAAGACUGAAAUAUAAUGCUGACCACAUUAGUCCUCUGCAAUCAUGGGGCCCAGAAAUAAGAAAUUUCAAGAAACUACCUCGUAAACCCAUAGUGGAAGGUAACUGUGAUGUUAUUAUUGAGAAACCUACUUAUAUUCUAAAAAUUGAUGCAGCUGUAAAUAUGUAUCAUCAUUUCUGUGAUUUUUUCAAUUUGUACGCUUCAUUGCAUGUGAAUCUUUCACAUCCAACUGUAUUUAAUACCGACAAUCACAUCAUGAUUUGGGAAAGCUACAGUUACCGAUCUGCAUUUCAAGAUACUUUUGAAGUAUUUACAAAAAACCCUCUCUGGGAUCUGAAGACAUUUAGAGGGGAAACUGUCUGCUUUAAAAACGUUGUAUUUCCACUAUUACCAAGAAUGAUUUUCGGAUUAUUCUAUAAUACACCACUCAUAUAUGGCUGUGAAAAGAGUGGACUUUUCACAGCAUUUUCAGAUCACGUUUUGCAUAGGCUGCGCAUACCGUUGCACGUGAGAAAAAAUACAAAAAUUCGCGUAACUCUUUUAAGCAGGGAUACACAGUAUCGAAGAAUUUUAAACGAGGAUGAAUUGGUAAAGGCUCUUGAAAAGAAUCCUCGUUACGAAGUAAAAAAGGUCGUUUACAAUAAACAUAUGCCAUUUAAAAAACAGCUUGAAAUCACGAGGAAUUCAGACAUUUUUAUCGGCAUUCACGGGGCUGGUUUAACUCAUUUCAUGUUUCUUCCCGAAUGGGCCGUCGGAUUCGAACUGUAUAACUGUGAAGAUGCCAGCUGUUAUAAAGAUUUAGCUCGGCUCAAGGGUAUCAAAUAUCUGACAUGGGAAGAUGGAGAAAAAUUAAUCGAACACGAUCCUGGUACUCAUCCUCACGGUGGUGCACAUGCUAAAUUUACAAAUUACAGCUUCGAUAUCGAAGAGUUCGUAAGAAUUGUUUCCGUAGCAGAGAAACACGUCGGAAACCAUGCUUCGUUCAAUGCGUUUAUAAAAAAACGCAAACCCGAAGAGACUAACAAAAGACUAAUACAAGAUGAAUUAUGACAUUCACUUGAAUGGACAGGAGGUUAUAAUAAUGCUUAAGUAUUUAACAAUAAAAAAUAUCACAAUGUUAACUGUUGACAGCAUAAAUUAUAUGUUUGUACUAUGACGCAAUUGUUAAAAAUGUGCAUCUAUCAAAAUAUAUUUGUUAAAAACGGCUUUGGUUUGUGAAGUAAUCUUCUACACAUAUUGUUAAUUUUUAUAAAUAUACAAAUUUUAUAAAGAAAUAC